AUGGCAGAAACUUCAAUAAAUCAAAAAAUAUUUUUGGAACAAAACGGUAAAGCUUUAUUGUUAUUAGAAGCUCAAGUGUUAAUGGUAGAAUAUAAUAAAGAUCAAAAUAACAUCAAUAACCUCAACCGAAAAAUAAUUCGUCUAAAAAAGCAUGUAGAAGAACUAGAUAAUAA